AUGACGUCUAACAUUGCAGAGAGUAUAAAUGCUGCAUUAGUGUCUGCACGUGAAUUACCAAUUUUUAAUUUUCUAGAAGAGGUUAGACUGAUGUUUGGGAGAUGGAAUCAUGACAACAAACACGAGGCAGCCUGCACAUUUACUCCGUUGAUUGGAAAAUUUCAGAAGAUACUGAUCGAAAAUGAAGCAAUGAGCACACGAAUGAGGGUUGUGCCGUCAACUGAAUAUAUAUACAAUGUGACUGAUGAUGGUAGGAGUUUUGUGGUAUGUUUGAAGAAUAAAACAUGCAGUUGUGGAAGGUUUCAAUACGAAGAAAUACCAUGUGAACAUGCUUGGACUGUACUAAAGCGGAAAAGUCUAGUGGCUGAUGGAUAUUGCUCAGAUUUGUAUAAACCAAAGACGGUUUUGAAGAUUUAUGAGAUACCAAUUUAUCCAUUGCCUGAUGUAGCAGAAUGGGUGAUACCUGAAUACAUAAUGUAUGAUGAAGUCCGGCCUCCAAAAUUCAAAAGACCUCCAGGAAGGCCAAAAAAUAAACCCCGUUCAAAAACAAAACGUGAAUUGCUUGGUCUCAAAGGGAAGCAUACGUGUAGCACAUGUGGAGUUGCAGGUCACAAUAGGCGUUCAUGCAGAAACAGACCUCAAGAAGUUUAA